UACUGCCAGCUUUGAAUAAGAGCGUGCUAUCGCAGUAUGUAUGUGUUGCUGCCUGCCGUGCACAACGUCCACUCCGGCCGGCUCCGCCAGCCGCGUUAACUCCUGCGUCCGAGUGAAAUGCUGUUAGUGCGAUAAAACCAUGAUGGAGGCCCAGCGAGUGUGGAUGUGCUUCGUGACCAUCCUUAGCGUCGAGUUUGUUGCCUUGGGAUAUGAGCCUGACUUCAUCUACCCACUGGAAAACGUGACCAUCCCUCAGGGCAGAGACGCGACGUUCACGUGCGUUGUCAACAACCUGGGAGGUUAUAGGGUGAGUGCGGGAGGCGACCCUUCACAAGCCAGGGUAGCGUGGAUCAAGGCGGACACCAAGGCCAUCCUGGCAAUCCACGAGCAUGUCAUCACCAACAACGCGCGGCUCUCGGUCACGCACAGCGACUACAACACGUGGACGCUGUUGAUUAGGAGUGCGAGACGGGAGGACAGGGGCCAAUACAUGUGCCAGGUCAACACCGACCCCAUGAAGAGCCAGACUGCCUUCCUGGAAGUCGUCAUUCCCCCUGACAUCAUUUAUGAAGAAACUUCAGGUGACAUGAUGGUUCCCGAAGGUGGAUCAGCCAAGCUGGUCUGCAAAGCGAAAGGCUACCCUAAGCCGAGAAUAACCUGGAAACGCGAGGACGGCGGAGACAUCAUCCUAAGAGGGCUGCAAAGUGCGAGAUCCAAAGUUCAAUCUUACGAGAACGAAGUUUUGUCGCUAGUGAAGGUCACGAGAUCAGAAAUGGGCGCCUACCUCUGCAUCGCAGCCAACGGAGUACCACCGUCUGUCAGCAAAAGGAUGAUGGUGCACGUCCACUUCCACCCCCUGAUCCAAGUGCCGAACCAACUUGUAGGAGCGCCGACCAACACGGACGUUACCCUGCAGUGCCACGUGGAGGCCUCUCCAAAAGCCAUUAACUAUUGGACUCGUGAGAAUGGCGAGAUGAUCAUCACGAGCGACAAGUACCAGAUGUCCGAACACAACAGCUCUUAUUACAGCGUGCAGAUGCGUCUCAUCGUCCGUAGAUUCGGCAAAAUCGACAUUGGCGGCUACAAGUGUAUUUCGAAAAAUUCGAUCGGAGAUGCAGAGGGCAACAUUCGAUUAUACGAGAUGCAGCUGAAAGGCGGGCAGGUGCAGCGUCCCGACGAAGACCUGGAGGCGGAGGUGGACCCUCUGGGCUCGGACGAGCUGGACGAGGAGUUCAACUCGUCGAACGCGAUCAACGACGACGAGUCAAGUGUGCGAGGCGAGAUGGCCGGCGUGUCGUCGAGUAGUCCGCACUUUUUCCUCCACCCACCCGUUCUGCUCGCGCUGCUGGUCGUGUGCAUUUGACCCUCUUGUUGAGCAGCUAGCAGAAAUUCUCUACACAUGUCUGUGCCAAACAAAUCCUAACUGACUCUGCAGCAGAGCGAGAGCGAGGUGAUUGAAUCUAAUUAUCAUGUAAAUAGGGCGGUCGAGUGUAAAUGGGGGGCGCCCAACUUUGCUGCUGCGGUCCGGCUGCUUGCUGCGUUUGAUCUCGUCGACAAGUGUGUGCUCGCUUGCUCUCUCUCCAAGGGGAAAAUUCCAGAAUGAUUUAUUUCACCUUUUUAUUCAUCCCGGCCGGCCGGCCGACACUCGAAUAAUCGCGCAGCCCUGCCUUUUUUGUUUGAUAUGUCUUUAGUCGGACCAACGCUGGUUUUGUUCAGGGACCGAGCUUGUAAUAUCGUAUGAAAGUGAGCUGGACUGCAAGAAGAAAAUUGGAUAUUUAUUAAAAUUGGAUCUUUAAUUGUUAGCUGGAUCUGUAAAUGUUAUGAUUUCCAAAAUUUUGAAAAGCAUACAUAGCCUCCAAAAUGUACACAUCGGGCUCCACGAUUUAGUCACCGACAUUUGUAAGAAAAACAACGCGGAACGGUUAUAACCCUAAAUAAUAAAAUAUAAAUAUAAUAUCUGUUGACAGGGAAUUAAUGUGCUCAUGAUAUUACAUAUUGAUAUAUAUCAAAACCAUUUGUUGACUGAUUUGUUGCCAGGACAUGUAAAACCUAUCAUGUUUCCACUACAUGUUGUUGCUUUCUGUUGGCCCGAAAUCACGUAGGGUAGGGAAAACGACGAACGGUGAACUGUCUGUGCGCGCGAAUGUCUUUUUUACGUUUGUGUAAAUAUCUUAUACAUAUAUAAAGACUCGACGAGUAAACAAUUCGAUGGCUGCCUGUAUGUACGUAAGUGCGAAAAUGAGAAAAAGAAGGAACUCUUCCAUGCGCUCUCCUCUAGAGGAACUUGUUGAACCCAAACGGUUUUGAGCAAUAAAUAUAAUAAAUAUUUUGUCCUGGUCACAUAUGUAUUGAAUGCUAAUAGACGAUAAUAAAUACUUCCCAAAAGCGAACAUCGCGA